AUGUCUUUACGAAGCUUUCAUCACCAUUCUCAGCAGCAACAGCAACAGCAGCAGCAACAGCAGCAACAAACGCAACAACAACAACAACAACAACCACAACAACAGCAGCAACAACAACAUCAGUUCGCAUAUGCCCCACAAAACUAUGGACUGAGAAACUCUCGUCAGGUAGACCAACAAAUGGGUUUACCUUCGAGAUCUCGCGACUCUGCAUCUACCGGAUUACUUCACAUGGCUACUGGUCCCGGAGUUUCUCCGGAUUCUCACGAUGGAGGUAAUACCUCGAAUUCAAUCAAUACCAAUACCAACACCAAUAACAACAACAAUAAUAAUAAUAAUAGUGUUAACAACAGUAGUAGUAGCAAUAACAACAACAACAACAACAACAACAACAACAACAAUAAUAAUACUAGUAACAGUAAUAGCACUAAUAGCGGUAAUAACAGUAAUAAUAGUAAUAAUAACAAUACCAACAGCUCUAAUAACAGUGGUGCUGCUGGUGCAAACGGACAAAAUAAUCCAAAUAAUGUGGCAGUGGCAGCAGUGACAACUGCUACUGCAUCCACCAGUAACCCCACGGGCGACAAUUUGCUUGCGUUCCCAUCAUCACUUCCACACCAAACAAAACCUACCCAUAACAUACAUCGGAACCGACUCCAAAACCUAAGCGAUUCUUUAUCAGUGCUGGACGACUUUGCUGCACGGACCAGUGCUUCGGGUGGUGGUAAUGGUGGAUCAAUACCCGGGGGGCUUGGACCUAAUGGGAGCAAUAUCAGCUCAGCCAGCAACAUCAAUAGUAAUAAUAAUGAUGGUCCAGCUUCUUCUCAAGCGAGGUCUUUUCAUCAUUCAAGACAACAAGAUCCAUUUAAUGGAAAUAGAGCAUUUCAUCACCCGGAUUCGCGUAGAGAUCUUUUAUCAAUCCAUCGACAACAACAACAUCAACAACAUCAACAACAUCAACAACAUCAACAACAUCAACAACAUCAACAACAUCAACAACAUCAACAACACCAACAGCACCAACAACAACGGCAACAACACCGACAACUACAUAACCCACAUUCCAUACUACAUCACUCUCAACAACAGCAACAACAUACUCACAGUUUCCAUUUAAAUGAUCCACCUGAGGAUGACAGCCCAGAAUUAUUGUUUUCUACUACCUCGCAACAACAGCCAAAAGAUGAUGCCAAUAACGACACAGGUCAUCGCCAAACCCAUUACGCGACCCAUCACAAUGGAUCUCUUCUUGGAGGAGGACCUACACCACAAAAUCCCUUAAAACGAAGGCAUGAGGAAUCGGACGAAAAUCAACUAAUUAGUGGAUCAACCAAUCCUUCAGAAAAACCGACUCAACAAAAUGAUGAGUCCUCAGUAAACAACAAUUCUACAAGUAGUGCUAAUAACAAUAACCAAUCAUCCUCCAAUAAAACUGGUCGUGGAUCAUAUGCCAAAUGGACCAUCAGCCAAACGUGUGUUGUUUUUGAUUCACUGCAAAGAACAGUCAAGGAUUGCGACGCGUCUGAGGUCCGAUGGUCUUUUAGCAGUAAGAUUUUGCAAACCGUUGCUGCCGAAUUGAUGCAACACAAUGCCCAAAUUAAUGCCAGUGACAACCGGUCUAUUUCUGUUUUAGCCAACGCUGUCAAACAUCACAUUCGCAAUACCAAAGACAAAUACAUGGUCUACGCAGCGUUAGGUCGUCAAGAAGGCGUGACCUUUGACGAGGACGGCUGGUUACAGUGCCACGAUCAAGCUAUUCAAAAACGCCUAAAGCAUGCCAAAUAUUUCCGCGAGCCUUUCCCGGUCAAACGCCAGAUUGAAAAUAUUUUACAGAUUCGACCAGAGCUUGCAGAGGCUCUAUCGUUACGUCUCAAUAUUAAAGAUGAUGAUGGAGAAAAUGAUGACAGCGAUAGUGAUGAUAAUAGUAAUGCCAAUUCUCGCGAGCAAAUCAUUCCUCGCACAAAUAAUGCUAGCAGCAGUAGCAGUAGCAAUAGCAGUAGCAAUAGCAGUAGCAGUAGCAGUAGCAGUAGCAGCAAUAGCAAUAGCAGCAGCAACAACAACAAUCGACCCCAACGAACGCCUAAUCCAGCAGCUACUUUGAAUAUACCACGUAACAAUGUGGAUGCAGGAGCGAAAAAUCUGCAAUCCCCACAGCUCCGUGGAGCAACCACAAACGGCAUUGUUAUUCCUGGGAAUAAUAAUCGCACUGGAAGUGGAAGUGGAGGUGCAGGUGCAGGGUCUUUAAGCAAUACGGAUGCUAUGGUGAUUGAUGACCCUACUAAUAUAGGGUCUAUGAGUAACAAUACCAACAAUACCAACAAUACCAACAAUGGCACCAAUAAUAACGCCAACAACAAUAAUAGCCCUAAUAUGGGAGGUGUACAAUCUCGAGUAUCGUUGAACCAAGGAGUUGACUCGCUGGGUUCAUCAUCUGCUGCGGUGGCUAUUAUGGGUGGUGCUGCAGCUUCGACGGGACGCAACAAUCAACUUUCACCUGCAUCGCAGCACAUUCAAACGACGUCGUCACCUCUGCGGAAUCCCUCUUCACAACAGCUUCAUGAAAAUAAUAGUAAUAAUAACAAUAACAACAACAACAACAACAAUAAUAGCAACAGCACCAACAACAAUAACAAUCAGUAUGGAGACUCUGGUAUGCCAUUGUCGUCACCAAAUAGAGCCUAUGCCGCAAUUAACCCGGGAGGACAGCCUCAUUUGAAUCAACAUUCAAUUGGUAGUAGCAGCAACGGAGGAGGUAAUGGUGGUAGUAAUGGUAGCAGCAGUAGUAGUGGGAUAGCCAUUAGUCCCAAUUAUCCUGGAAGUGAUGGUGCAUCCACAGGGUCUUCUAUCCGUUCCAGAGGUUCAGGCUCAAACAAUAACAAUAGCAGUAAUUCGGGUACUAAAGAAAUUAUGGUUCCUGGUCGCAAAAAUAGUAGCAGUGCUCAGGCGACCUCACCAUUGUCUCACUCGCCUAAUUCCACCAGCACCCUGUCGACGCAUUUGUCGAUGGGCGGGUCGUAUAGCUCGCACAUUAACACAUUGCAUCGAACAGACCAGAGUGGGUUUGCAGAUAAUCCAUCGUCCCAAACAAGCGCAGGGGGGACUGGGAAUGGCAGUGGUGGUAGUAGUAGUGGUAGCGGUAGUGGUAAUGUGAGUAAUAGUAAUGGCGGUGGACAAUCGUCAUCAUCGUCUAUUUUCAAAAUAUCGUCCACCACUGCUUCUGGACAAUUGAACCACCAACAGGUCGGAAUGAACCAACCAGAGUCUGUAAGGGGUUCCAUGAUUGGGUCUUCACACCGCCAACAACUUCAGCAGCAGAUUAUACAUCAACGACAACAGCAGUUACAACUACAACAGUUUCAACAGCAACAGCAGCAGCAGCUACAGCAACAGCAACAGCAGCAACAGCAGCAACAGCAGCAACAGCAGCAACAGCAGCAGCAACAGCAGCAGCAGCAACAGCAGCAGCAGCAACAACAGCAGCAACAACAACAGCAGCAACAACAACAGCAGCAACAACAGCAACAGCAGUUAUCUACACUUGAUACACAUGUUCCUGAUAUGGCCAAUUAUUAUUUACAAAAAUACCCUACACAAACGCGUGGAACAUUACUAGUCAUGUUUUUGUAUGGUGCUGAAAAGGGACGUGAAAUCAUGGAGCUAGCCAACAGACACCCGUCGCGUGAAAAGUUUGAUAACCUUGAAGAUAUUUGUCUUUACUGGGCGGUUGAAUUUUUGCAAGAACUUAAGGAUGGACCCAAGUAUGGGGCCAUUAUGUCUCGUAUCAGUCAACUAGAUGGUCAUCACUCGUCGGUUAGCGGUGGCAGUGGUGGAAAUAUUAGUACCAACAACGCCAGCAACAGUGGCAGCAACAACAGUAGUAGUAGCAGUGGUAACAAUAACCAUGGAGCUAAUGUUAAUCGCACUACUGGGAAUCUUCCGAAUACUGGUGUUAGCAGCAGUAAAGAUGGACCUAACUCUGGGACCAGUAGCAGUAGCAGUGGUAACAGGAACAGUGCCAAUGUGGGGAGUAACGGAGCCUACGGGGGGUUUGCGUUUGAGCAAUAUCAGAUGAUUUGA